UCGGAAGAGAUUGUCGGAAGAGAGUGACCGAACAGAGUGACCGAUCGGUGUCCCAAGGGAGAUCGGCCGGAGGGAGUGUCCCGAUAGAGUGGACGGAGACGGUGUCCGGAGAGCGGUACAAGCCCUUGCAGCGGCCGGCGUCUGUAGGAAAAGGGCAGAAUGGUCAGCGUGCUGUCAAGACGUCUGGGAAAGCGCUCCCUGCUGGGCGCCCCCGUCCACACCCCCAACCCUUCCGGUGAUGGAAUGCUAAUCCCUGGCCUGAUCCAAGCAUUCCGGCUGGACAGCGGGAAUGGCAACACCUCGUACACAGUGUCGUUUGAGGAUGGCCGUUUCAUGGAGUACAGCGAGGACAACAUCAUUGGCCCAGGCUUCCAGAGCGUGACACACUUCAAACUCCAGCCCGGACAGAAGGUGUACCUGACGCACGGUGGCCGUGAGUACCCAGGGGUGGUGGAGCAACACAACCAUGUGGACAACGAGGUCCGGGUCUACGUCCGGGAGCUGGACCUGCGCUCCCUACGGCGGGCAGAGGACGUGCGGCUGGGCGAGAGCCGCAGGUCCCCCCGUCUCCAGGAGCUGGAAAGGGAGCACACCAAAGCCUCUCCCAGCGCCCCCUCCUCUCAGACCAUCGAUGUGCCCCCAAGGGCUUCAGGCGCCGUCGACAUGGACGAGAUCAUGGCGGCGAUGGUGCUCAGCAGCCUGUCCUGCAGUCCCCGGCUCAACCCUCUGCUCAACAGCCUGGCUCCAGCGUCGGCAGACUCUGGGAUCGAUGGGGGAAACGGGAGCAGCAGUGACUGUAGGAGCAGUAACUCCUCGUCUCCUUCGCCCCCACCACUUCCCCAGGCCCUUGCACCAGGGCAGGGAGAUGACGGUCUUGACUUCCACAUCCCACAUCCCUUGCUACCGGAGGAGCCAGCUCCUCGGAAAAGGAAGAACUCGCUGAAGCUCCUGUAUCGCUGUAUGUGGCCCCACUGCCAGAAAUGCCUCUCAUCCACUGUGGGAAUACGGAGACACAUUCGAACCAUACACCUCGGCCGCAGUGACUCGGAGCACAGUGACGGUGAGGAGGAUUUCUAUUACACCGAGAUCGUGGAGAAUGCGGAGACCGUCUCUGAAGCCCCCAGCGGCCAGCACUGCACUCCUCCUCUCACCCCUCCGCAGUGCCAGCAGUUGGCAGUCAGCCCGCAGCCCCUCAACAGCCCGGAUGUGCUUCCAGACGACCUGGUCCGCAGCACGCCCCUUCUGAGCCGAUCGGCCCCAAGCUGCUUGAGGCAGGUCUAUGUGGACCACACCUACCAGGUGUCCCCAGAGCACACCCGCACCUUCACCUUUGCCAGUCUCUCCAGCCAGCCGCAAGUGGCUGUGUUCCAGCCCCACAUCAUCUUCGCGUCGACACCGCAGAUAUUCCACGGAGGCAAGAAGGUGCGCGGUGAAGCCAAGAAGUGCCGCAAGGUCUAUGGCGUGGAGAACCGCAGCCAGUGGUGCACCGCCUGCAGGUGGAAGAAGGCCUGUCAGCGCUUCCAUGACUGAGCGCUGGGGCUGGCUGGGGUAGACGGGUGGGGUCCCGGAGCCCACCUCCCUGCACUGGUCCCCAUGAAAGGGGAACCUCCCCAGGAUCAGGACUGAGUGGAUUUGCCACCAGGAUCAGGACUGAGUGGAUCUGUGGGACCUGCGGACACGGACUGUGACGAUAUUCCGGCUGCCUGCUGACGGGGUUAGGACAAUCUCUGGGGCAGCUGGACCAGCUGCAAUGCAUUGGCUGGGAGAUCCUUCAGAGUACUUCCUCUGCAUAGCCUAUAAGGUUCUCCAUUUCUGGACCUUGUUCUCCAAACCAAACUGAGCAGGGCUGCUCAUGAGACAGACACCUCCUCACCGACUCUUGGAGACUUGGCCAUGGUCCUCGGCAUCUCCCAGCCGUACCACCACCAGUAUACCUGUGCCAUGCACGCAGUUGGAGCCGGGGAUGGAGUGGGGACUGGAUGAACCUGGACUGUUUUUUCUAGAACUCCUUGCGAGCUCGGUUUGUCAGGGACUCUGGUGCAAGCGUCUGAAAGCUGGUGGGCCUCCAUGUGUCCACAGACCAUCAGUGCAGUGUUGUAGAAAGGACAAUGACGCUCCGGAACUCCACACUUGUUGCAGUCCCGGGACUCGCUGCCAGUUGUCAGGAGACACACUGACAGAAGUGACACUGUUACACAGGGAAUUCCAAGCCAUUGUUUCUGAUGAGAGGUCGCCAACUUAAAGUAUUUUGACUGUUUCAUUUUAGCCUUCCAGAUUUUGUUGAUUAUUAAGUUAAAACAAAUAUCUACUUUGUCCUCUGCAUUCAACGUCAUACAGCACAGAAACAGGCACUUCAGUCCAACACGUCCAUGCUGACCAAGAGUCAAUGCCCAUUGAACCAGGUUCCAUUUUCUCAGUAUCUGCCAUUUAAAUCUAGCUUCUUUUCUUUCAUUGGCUGUUCCAACAAAGGGUCUUGGACCCAACACGUUAACCCUGUUUCUACCUCCGCAGAUGCUGUAUAACUUUCUGAGUGUUUCCAGCAUUAUCAGUUUCUAUUUCACUUUUACGCUCUCCAUUAAGGCAGAUUGCUGGUCUUCCUGUCACCCUUGUUGUGAAUUGCAGUCAAAAACUUGGAAUGUGCCGUUGG